AUGGCGCCGCACGUGGCACUCUUCCUCAUCCUGUGCCUCGUGCACGGAGACACCAAGACCGUGCUGCAGGAUAAACUAGCUGGCGUGAGGACAGUGGACGUGCAGGCGGUGGAGGGCAUGGUGGCGCAGUUCCCCUGCGACCUGGGCACCGCCGCCAACGACAAGGUCUACAUGGUCUUCUGGUUCCGGGACGAUGCCGGCAUACCGCUAUACAGCUUCGACGUCCGCGGCAAGCACCUGUCGGAGGCGCGGCACUGGUCGGCGCCGGAGGUGUUCGGGCCGCGCGCGCACUUCGCCACGUCGCCCGCGCCGGCGGCCCUGCUCGUGCGCGACGUCAAGCGACGCGACGAGGGCGUGUACCGCUGCCGCGUCGACUUCCGCAACACGCAGACCACCAGCUUCAGAUAUAACCUCACCGUCGUAGUUCCUCCGGAGAAGCCGGUGGUGGUGGACCGGUGGGGGCGCGUCAUCAACACCACCACGCUCGGCCCCCACGAGGAGGGGGACGACGUGCUGCUCACCUGCAGGGUGCUCGGAGGCCGUCCGGAGCCGUCGGUGCGGUGGCUGGUGAACGGCGUGCUGGUGGACGAGGAGUACGAACACAACACGGGCGACGUGAUCGAGAACCGGCUGCUGUGGCCGGCCAUCCGACGCGCCGACUACGCCGCGGUGUUCACCUGCCAGGCCACCAACUCGCAUCUCGUGCCGCCCAAGGAGCUGUCGCUAGUGCUCGACAUGUUCUUGAGGCCUCUAACUGUGGAGAUCAAGAAGCCGGCGGAGGUCGGGGAGGGCGGCGUGCUGACGGCGGAGCGCCGGUACGAGGUCGCGUGCGAGUCCGCCGGCUCCAGGCCGCCCGCCAUCAUCACCUGGUACAAGGGCAAGAGGCAGCUCAAGAGGAUCACGGAAGAGUUGCGCGACAACCUGACGGUGAGCGUGAUGAGCUUCGUGCCGACGCUGGACGACGACGGCAAGCCGCUGACGUGCCGCGCCGACAAUCCCAACGUGACCUCGCUCAGCCUCGACACCUCCUGGACCAUCAGCGUCGUCUACCCGCCAGUGGUGCGGCUGCGCCUGGGCAGCUCGCUGGCGGCGGGCGACAUCAAGGAGGGCGACGACGUGUACUUCGAGUGCCACGUGCGCGCCAACCCGCCCGCCAGGAAGCUCUCCUGGCUGCAUGACGACCGGCCGCUGGCGCACAACGCGACGGCGCGCGUGUUCCACAGCAACCAGAGCCUCGUGCUGCAGAAGGUGACGCGCCACAGCAGCGGCCGCUACGCCUGCUCCGCGCUCAACGCCGAGGGCGAGACCGUCUCCAACGAGCUGCUCUUCCGCGUCAAGUACGCGCCGUCGUGUCGCACGGGCGGCGUGGCGGUGGUGGGCGCGGCGCGCGGCGAGUCCGUCGUCAUCGUGUGCGAGGUGGACGCCGACCCGCCCGCCGCCGUCUUCAAGUGGAAGUUCAACAACUCCGGCGAGACGCUCGACGUCGCCGCCGAUAGAUACACCUCCAACGGCAGCGCUAGCAGUCUCAAGUAUACGCCAGUAGCAGACUUGGACUAUGGCACGCUGUCGUGUUCGGCGUCCAACGAGGUGGGCACACAGCUCGCGCCGUGCGUGUUCCAGAUGGUGGCUGCAGGCAAGCCGCACGCGCCGCGGAACUGCACGCUGUGGAACCAGACGGCGGACUCGGUGGAGGUGUCGUGCGUGGCGGGCUUCGACGGCGGCCUGCCGCAGCGCUUCCUCCUCGAGGUGUACUCCGACAGUGCCGUGCCCAGAGUGAACCUGUCGUCGGAGGAGCCGGCGUGGACGGUGCGCGGCCUGGAGUGGGACGUGCGCUACCGGCUGGCGGCGCUCGCCUACAACAGCAAGGGCCGCUCGCCGCCCGCGCGCCUGGACGACCUGCUCUUCCGCGACCCCGAGAAGCGAACAGCGACGGAGGCGCAGCUGGGCGUGAGCGGCGUGGUGGGCGCGAUGGGCGCGGGCGCGGGCGCGGUGUGCGCGCUGGUGGCGGGCGCGUGCGCGCUGGCGCUGCGCCGGCGCCGCCGCCCGCGCCUCGCCAAGCCGCCGCCCGCGCCCGCGCCCGCCAAGCUCGACCACGACGACGCCGAGCCCGACCUCAUACCCAACAACUACUGCGAGGCGGCGAGCGCGCCCAGCCUGGCCGUGUCGUCGCCGGGCCGCACUGCGCCCGCGCCGCUCACCACGCCGGCGUGUAACGGGCCGGGCGCGUCGUGGACGUGGGGCGCGCGGUCGGCGGGCGCGGAGGCGGGCGCGGGGGCGGGGGCGCGGGGGCUGGGCCGGUCCGCGUCCGCCACGCUGCGCGCCGCGCCCGACCUCAACGUCGACGCCAUCAAGGAGAAGCUGCUGGACCACCGCAUCCCCGAGAGCUGCGUGUAGUCGCCGCAACUCGCCCGCCACUCCUCAACAUCCACAACUUUGAGGCUUACAAGUGACAAUCAGUUGUGCGCCAGCAGAACAUAAUGACUUAGUUGUAAGUCGCUACGUCGACGGGUGCGACUUUUCCAGUGAGUGGAGUGACUCCAAAUCUUUGUGUUAGUGAAAUGUUCGCGCAUGCGCACGGGUGCCGCGCUGACGCUGAGUGCAGUGAGCGCGGACUGCUCCUCAUCGUGUAAAUGUUGUAGCUAGAGUUAUUUCUUCGAUGUCAUCUCUGCCGACAUUCUGUGGUGAUAGGGUUCACACAAGCGAUGAUUUGUUUCAGCGUUCAGAAUAUCACGUUUCAAUACAGACCGGAUCGUGGCAUCGUGGCUCACUUGACAGCCAAGAAGAUCACUUCUCCACUCAAAAUAAUAACUAACUAAUAUUUCUUAAGCAUAAUGCAAGCAUUAAGAAACUUAUUUAACUUUACUAUUGUAUUAUUGCAGAAUCUCAUUUCGGUUAAUGGUUAAACUUUUUCUUUCAUACGUUUCGUAAAAGUUGUAACAUAAUUAUAGUUUUCCACGAGCUAGUUACUUUAAUAUUUGUGCUUGAAAUGUUAUAUUCUGAGCGUCUCUCAAUGGACUUCUGUCAUUUAAAUAGUGAAUCUGUAUUUUAAUUUGAUAUAAUUGUACAUAGUAGAUUUUAAGCGACUGAGUCUUUGCCACUUUUUUACAUGUCUACGAAAUUAGAUAAUAAAUUUACCAGUUACUAAGUACUACGAUAGGUAAAUCUAUUCAUCGUUAUCUGUAUAAAAAUCUGAUUUUAUGUAAAUAAUGUUUGUACUCGAUCAUAAGGUUUUAACUGGUGGUGUGUCGCGGGUCUCGUGGCCCCGCGGCGUGACGUGACGCGGCGCGGGCGACUGCGGCCCGGCGGCGUGACGUGACGCGGCGCGGGCGACUGCGUCCCGGCGGCGUGACGUCACGCGGCCCGGAGGCUUUACUUUGUGUUAUUGUUUGAUACUGCGUGCGCAUGCGUUACAACUUCGUCGAACAAACUAAUAUUGCAUACAAACAAUAUAUCAUAUCGAAGCAUAAGUAGGUUUGAUGCUCUAUUCCGCUAAAAUUACUGUAUGGAUUUUAAUUUUGGCAGUAAUAUAACUCAUAUCAGAAUUACGUUGUAGGCUUCUUUUAUUCAUUGGCGAAAAGUAGUUCCACGGGUGAAAGCGUAGGCCAGUAAUACACACUUACCUAAAGUAUUGUUACGUUAGAUCAGCUGUGAAAACCUUUAAACUGGCGUGUCUUCCGCACGUGAUGCAACACAGUUCCCCUCUGUGUCGCGUCCGUGUCGUGUCGGUGUCGUGUCGGUGUCGUGUCAGUGUCGUGGCGGCGCUCACGCGAUCCUAAUUGUUAUUUGAUGACAACAACAUUAGCGUUUCGUUAUCCGCAGUUUAAAACGCGCUGAUAUAUGAACACUAAUUAGCUAUCACGCACGUCGUUAGUCACACGUUCUAAGCGAAGUUUUCUUUAUUUAUUACGUUACUUUGUGCCUUUGUUUAUGCAUAAAUCUUCUGGUUGUUAUUCUUAUCUACUGGUUGCUAUUAUAAAAAGCGGUAUUAUAAAAUAGUUCAGACCU